AUGUCCCAAUCACGCAAGCCUUCAGCUGACAUCAACGCUCUUGUCGAUUUAAAAGUUCUCCAAGAGUCUGGGAAAGCCGCAACCGCCACAAGCGUCCACCCACACUGGUGCCUCGCGUGGUGGGUCAACUACCGCGUCAUCUCGUCCGACGGCGUCCUGUUCUGCAUCGGCGACUACAUGCUGAAACAGUGCUUUGCCUGGAUGGACCUCGUCGACAUGUCCGAAAACGUCGCCAACGCCGGCGUCGAACUCGUCUUGGUCGACGCAGAGCUCGAACGUGCCGCUGUCCUCGGGACCUUUCUCGACCUGAUGUACUUUGGCUACACACUCGAAGACACGCCCGCGGCCAAGUGGCCGCCCAUCGACGUGCUGUGCGACGCCGUCAUCCUCGCGGACAAGUGGGAGGCGCCGCUGGCGUUUUCCCGUGGCCUCGCGUAUGUCGAGAUGUGGUCGACGCGCAAUGACGACCCAUUGCCGGCCUUUCGGAUUGGGGCGCGGUUCGGCAAAAACGUCAUGAUGGGGGUCAUGGCCGGACGGAUUAUUGAGAAGGACCUCCAUCUUCGGAUUGAGGACUGGCCCGUUGCGUACGCCAAGGACAUUCCCGGAGGUGUGAUCUGGGCGCUCGUCAAGACGGCGUCAGAGCUGUGCCACUCGUCCGGGCAUACUUGUGCACGGCCGGACAGGUGUAAUCCGAACGCCACGAAGACUGCGGCGAGGUUUGCUCAUCAUGUCAAGUCGCUGAGGCGCAAGACGCUGGAGGUGGACGCAUGCCACAUCCCGCCCUCGACGGACGUGCAUGAACUGGAGCGACUGGUAAAGGUCCUCUGUCGUGCCGAGACUUUUGAGCUUGUUCCCUCACCACAUCGAGCCGUCAAGCAGGCACGCAUGUCAUUUGGUAGCCACGCAGAUGCCGACCGCGCAAUGGCGUUGAUGAAUACGCAUCCAGUUCUACAGCGCACGGGCAUCACCUUUUGCCGGCCGCCAGAUACGUUCUAUCCCGAGCUCCGCACACUCUUUACCGCUCGCAUCGUCGAGCCACGUAUGCGCGUCCGGCCUGGUCCUCCCCAAGAAGUAUGGAUGGAGCCAUACUGGGACAACGACACACCGUCGCCCGCAGCUCUCUACGACAUUGCGCUCCAGUACGGUCCUGUUCACCACGUCACUGUCCGCAUCAAUGAUGACUGUACCAUGGUGCCAUGGGAAGCAUGUGUCCAGUUCUUCGACCCGGCGAACGCGGACAAGUUCGAGAUGUAUCCCGAGGACAAGCCCAUGAUGGGAUGGUUGACAUAUGUGUAUGCCCGCGACGAAGACUUCGCCGCGGAGGAGGCCCUCAAGAAGGUUAACGAGGUGCGCGCCGCCGAGCGGCUGCCUCCAUUAGGACCAGGACUUUGCGAGAAUUCAGACCCCCUUGACAAUAAGCAACUGAAGGACGUGCUUCCCGCAUAG